UUGAAAGCCCAUGGCUUUAACAGAUCUGACCUCCCCUACCGCGGAUAUCUCCAGCCCUAUGGCACUUGGGUUGCUUUGGUCUGGCUCAUAGCGGUGGAGAUCUUCUAUGGGUAUGCCAUCUUCUUACGGGGCCGGUGGGAUAUUGGAAUCUUCUUCAGCAACUACACCAUGGGAUUCCUCGCGAUCUGUCUAUUCUGCGGUUGGAAGAUCCUCAAGCGCACUAAAUUCGUCAAGCCCGAGCACGCCGAUUUGGUUUGGAUCCGGCCGGCAGUCGAUGAACACGAAGCGGCGAUGGCGGGUAACGAGAAUGAGGUAGGGCUCCGCAGGCGUUUAGCGCUGUUGGUAUCCCUAUCACAGGGAUGUUGGUUCGAACCGUAUGGUCCUGGGGGUGACGAAGUAUCAAUAUCUCUGUAUUGA